AACCGCGCUAGAGCGUCGCCUGUCACGCUCAGGCACAGUCACCCAAAUCAGGUAAAGAACAUUGCGUGAAUUUUCAGCGUACUUGUUGAUCUUCACCCAGCCGAAGCAGGCAGGAAUGGACAGUAGAAUCUACCGACUCCACGUCUCUGGUGAAAUAUGCCAACCUCAGACGCAGGCUAAUCACGAGAGUGGCACCAUUUAAGAGAGGGAGAGGGGUAUAGCAAGUAAAACCACAGGCGGCUGUUUGUCUAUUUAAACCAAUUUGGGCGCCGUUUGGACUGGAUUUUACCAGGAAGAUAUGUGCAAAUAUGGAUGAAAGCAAAUCCUAAUGUAGGCGCCACUGAAGCUUGGUCGGUGUUGUCUUCUCAGAGAAGAGUCUCCCAAGCGUUAAUCAUUCUCAUUUAAGUACAGAACUGAAGUGAGAAUGAAUAAAACUGGCUCCCGCUCCACCUCCUCACUGCCGCCGGAGCCGGUGGAAAUCAUCCGGAGCAAAGCAGCUUCCCGCCGAGUGAGACUGAAUGUAGGAGGACUCCUGCACGAGGUGUUAUGGAGAACGCUAGACAGGUUACCCCGCACGAGGCUAGGGAAAUUGCAAGACUGCAACACGCACGAUUCAAUAAUUGAAAUAUGCGAUGACUACAGCCUGGAUGACAACGAAUACUUCUUCGACAGGCACCCUGGAGCUUUCACUUCAAUCCUUAACUUUUACCGGACGGGGAAGUUGCACAUGAUGGAGGAGAUGUGCGCUUUGUCUUUUAGCCAGGAACUAGACUUUUGGGGGAUUGACGAAAUCUACCUGGAGUCUUGCUGCCAAGCACGAUACCAUCAGAAAAAAGAACAGAUGAACGAGGAACUCAAGCGAGAAGCAGAGACUCUGAGGGACAGAGAGGGCGAUGAAUUUGACAACACAUGCUGCUCCGAGAAGAGGAGGAAACUUUGGGACCUCUUAGAGAAGCCGAGCUCAUCACUCGCAGCAAAGGUUCUUGCCAUCAUCUCCAUCCUGUUUAUAGUGCUGUCCACCAUCGCCUUGUCCCUGAACACCCUGCCAGAGCUCCAGGACCUGGACGAGUUUGGCCAGGCCACCGACAACCCUGAGCUGGCACAUGUGGAGGCCGUGUGCAUCGCCUGGUUCACCAUGGAGUACCUGCUGCGCUUCCUCUCCUCGCCCAGCAAGUGGAAGUUCUUCAAGGGCCCGCUGAACGUGAUCGACCUGCUGGCCAUCCUGCCCUACUACGUCACCAUCUUCCUGACCGAGUCCAACAAGAGCGUGCUGCAGUUCCAGAACGUGCGGCGCGUGGUGCAGAUCUUCCGCAUCAUGCGCAUCCUGCGCAUCCUCAAGCUGGCGCGCCACUCCACGGGCCUGCAGUCGCUGGGCUUCACAUUGCGGCGCAGCUACAACGAGCUGGGCCUGCUCAUCCUCUUCCUCGCCAUGGGCAUCAUGAUCUUCUCCAGCCUGGUGUUCUUCGCCGAGAAGGACGAGGAGGACACCAAGUUCAAGAGCAUCCCGGCCUCGUUCUGGUGGGCCACCAUCACCAUGACAACUGUAGGCUACGGAGACAUCUACCCAAAGACAUUAUUAGGAAAGAUCGUUGGAGGUCUGUGUUGUAUAGCGGGAGUGCUGGUGAUUGCCUUGCCUAUCCCCAUCAUCGUCAAUAACUUCUCUGAAUUCUACAAGGAGCAGAAGCGACAGGAGAAGGCCAUCAAGCGUCGUGAGGCUCUGGAGAGGGCCAAGAGGAACGGCAGCAUUGUGUCCAUGAACAUGAAAGAGAACUUCUCCCACAGCAUGGAGCUCAUGGAUGUGGUGGUGGAGAAGACUGCAGAGGCCACAGGAGAGAAAGAGAAAGUCCACGACAACCAUCUGUCGCAUACACGGUGGAAGUCAGCCACCUCAGAGACCAGCUCCAAUAAGUCCUUUGAUGGAAAGGAACGAGGCUCCCCUGAAAAGACUCGCCAGGCCAGCCCACAGCACCUCAAUGUGAAGAAGCUGGAGGAGAUGUACAACAAGAUGGCCAAGACCCAAUCUCAGCCCAACCUGAAUAGCAAAGAGAGACCACCCUUAUCCAGAGCGGCGAAGCUGAAGGAUGAGAUUGAGCUGGGAACUAUGCCAACCGAGCGAGUUCCCACCUGCGCCGAGGGCGUUACCGACAUGCGGAGCAUGUCCAGCAUCGACAGCUUCAUAAGCUGUGCCACCGACUUCCUGGAGAGCUCGCGGUUCUCCCACAGCCCCACCAACAACCUGCCUGGGAGGAUAAGCGCCAACCCCGGACUUGAGACCACCUUGGAGCACCAUGCGGAGACCACGGCAAGCCCAGCUGCCACGGCCAAGCAGCAUGGCACCAAGUCAGGGAGCAGCCGACACGGCCUGUUCUCAGACAGCCCUCGAGGCAUCCGCUUGCUCAAUCCACUCAAGUCACGCUCACUCAAGGUCAACUUCCACGGCGUGGACAGCGGUCCAUCGUCCACGCCGACUCCGGGGGUUGCCGCCCUCUCAGAUAGCUCGGCCAUGUCUGACCGCUCCCUCCUUAGCCCAGAGGUGUCUGUGUACACCACUGCCAGUAGCAAGACCCCUCCAAAGACCCCUGAGGUCCUGGCGCCCAGCGUCUUCACAUUCCAUGACGCGUCCAUCAGCAAGUACAUCGACGCCGACACUGACGAUGACGAGCAUCUGCACGACGGGCCCGACCCCAGCCCCUCCGAACGUCUCCUUGGCAACAAAAGCCCCAAGUUCAGCAGCAAUAGCAGCCACCAGCGUGCAUCCAAUCACCUGGAGAUGUCCCAGCGGGCACUGGCCCAGAAGAGUGGGUUCCCUCUGGAGGGCCGCUCGGGGGGUGGACAAGAGAACCACGUGACUCAGAGGGAAAAAGCCCGCUCCAACACCUACAACGAGGCUAGCUAAAGCAGGGGAGAGCUGCUGCUACUGCCGCCCACCGAGACAAAACUGGAACAAGAGGGUCAGACAUGAUUUAAAAAGGGAAUCUGUGGGAAAAUAUAUAAGCUAAAUGCAAUGACGUUGGAGCAAAAUAAUACAUUUGGAAAGGUUUGUGGUUGUCAUGGCAAUUCUACAAAAUGUUGCGAAAUACAGAGGUUUGAUCAGUUUGUCCUUUGCAGUACUUUUGCAUUAAAUACCACAAUAUUUGGGUAUAUCCUGAACCAAGAUUGUGUAGAAAAGGGUAUUUUGGAUCAUAUGUUAUUGUAUGUGACACAUGGUAGGUUUAGAUAUUACUGAAUCAACUUUGUGUUGGGAGAAAUUUGCUGUUUACUUCCUAGUGUUUUCUUCCUCAGAACUGGCCUUAGUUAUAUGCACCUAAACUACACUGUGUGUCUGUUUGUCUGGGUGAGUGCAUGUGUGUGUAUUAGUAAUAUAAAGUCCCCUAUACACAUACACAAUGUACUGUAUGAGUGUCCUCUUUGUUAUUAUGAGUGUCCUCUUUUUCAAAAACAAAACUAAUUAUUACUAAUUAUUAUUAAUUAUUAAUAAUGUUUCUUUUGCCUGAUGAACAUUCCUCUGAGAAUACAUGUAACAUGACAUUUUUGUUCAGGAAGGUGAAUUCAGAGACUUUCUGGUGGACACACAGCCACUGUGACUCCCUGUCUGUGUCUUUUGUCCAGAUCAUUUCCAGUCCGAGCACAAAGGCGCACCUCAAUGUGAUUUUUUAUAACCUGCAUUCUUUGUUUGUUCUAUGUGUUUGUAAAUUAAUUUGUUUAUUUGUUUGCUUUAGAUUGUCCAGUUCUGUGCAUCAUAUCAUUCUUGUUAACCCCCCUUCAAACCUGUGAGAUACUGAGACUACUGUUGACGAGGCACUGGCCUCAACAAUCUCUUCAGUGUUUCCUAUUGGCUGUGUUGAAGGGAUUUACUCCUGGUGGGUUGGCAUACUUCACAACACAUCACCGUCAGCACUGAGACAAGCACAGCUGGCUGGAACUUGAAGCAGAGAGCAAAGCACUGAAACUACCAUUCAACUGAAACACUCUGGGCUGAUUUGGACAGUUCCAUAUUUGUAUAAAGAAAUGAUCGAUGAUAAUAUUGUAAUAGGAUAAAGUUAGUUACUGUAGAACUGGGGGGACACCACACUCUGUUGUGAGUGGCAAAUGAAAGAAUCAGAUUGUAUAUUUUUUAAAUAUUUUCUAAAGAAUGGAAAUUAGUCAAAUAAAUUAUGAUCUCGUAGUUUUGAAUUUCAAUACAUAUUUAUUUUAUUCUGAAGGGAUUGUAUUUACUAGAGAAUUUGGCAAGGUGACCACUUUGUAUUGUUUGCUACUGUCUCCUGGUCUGUGUAAAUGUUGUGGACUUCUUCAUCUACUACCCUUAUCUCUCACAUACUGUGAGGAGCCAAAGAGUUGUUUUUUUUUCACAGAUCCACCCCCAACAUUUUGAUCAGCAUAAAUUGUCAGAUUGUCCUAAAUGUAUUAUUUCUUAGACUCUCACUGGGCAAGAUUUGAGUAAUAUUGAAAUAUUUCAGGGAACUCUUUUGGAUACAACAGUCAACCAUCUAUAAUAAACCAUUUAGAGCACUAUUAACUGCCACGGAAAGCUAACUCCAAUGAAAUGUUGUGUACACAGCUAAACAAAAAGACGCUGACAGGGCAUUAAAGUAGUGCAGGCAGUUCCGUAAGCACAGCACAAAAGCACUCUGUAGCACUGGCAAGCAUCACCUGCCUCAAUCUCAGGCCUGCAAAGAUUUGCAGUCUGGAUGGAUACACGUCCACCACUGCAGACAGACUGAGUGAGCAUGGAGGAGAGCUCCUUUAAUGCACUCAGGAGCCACGGGGUGGCUGGGUGCUCUCCAUUCACAGGUCGAGAGAAGGGGAGUCAGGGACAGACAGAGCUAGCCUGUCUGUCAGGGAGGACACAAUCCCACGGCACUCCUUCAAAUGACCGUUACACACCUUGAGUAUGCAGCAGAGCAACACCUCUGCACAUCCAGUGCCAUUGCCAUGUGCUGUAGCCUACAUUUCCAGACACAGAGGAACAGCUCCCGUGCCCCAUGUUCUCUACUCUCUCUCUCUCACACACACACACACACACA